GUGGGGGCAACACUGACAUUUGGGAAGUUACAUCUGUGAUGUCAUGCAUGAAGCUUUACACACUGCGGCUGAGAAGCGAGUGAUUCACUUAUUCAGACCAUCUGAAGAGCUCUCAACCACUCUGACUAUUACCAGUGUGUGUGUUCUACACCCCGAGUGAUGUGGCUCCUUCUGACUCUGGCUCUCUCUCUGUCUCUGUCUCUGGGACACGAGGUGGAACGGGGCUGUGACGACUGGACGUUGGACAGCUCGUCCUCCAGCAGAGUUUGCUGUAAGAAAUGUAAACCAGGAAACCACUUGGUGUCUUUGUGCGGUUCAAACGUGAAGGAGCUUUGUAAGCCGUGUGAGAACGGAACAUACACUAUUCUGGACACUGCCAUGUUCUGCAAAAGCUGCACCCAGUGCAUAAGUCCACAGAGAGUGAAGCAGCAGUGCAGCGCCAGCAGUGAUACAGUGUGUGAGUGUGUUCAGGGAUUUGUGUGUGGAAACGACGCCUGUUCCUUCUGCAUCCAACAGUGUGCUAAAGGAGAAGAACCGACAGAAAACAGAGGUUGCCGGCCUUGCCCUGAAGGAACAUUCAACAGUCAGAUCAAUCAUCGCUGUGUUAAGUGGAGUAGCAGCUGUCCAUCACCGGAUCAGCAGAUCGUGGCUGCAGGGACGGCCGUCAGCGACAUCGUCUGUGCUGAUGUAAAACCCACCGAGAGUCCACUAAAGACAGACAGUAAAGAUUCCUACUCCAGGGUGAUGUUGGUCCUCGUUAUAAUCUGUGCCUGCUUGAUCAUCAGUUCAGCAAUGAGUCUGUGCAUGACCUUGUAUUUUAAAAAGGAGAAGACGGUGAAGCUGCCACCCGGGCCCGUGGAAUCUCCAGCUGCAGGGCGGAGGCUGGCUCCUGAACCUGAACAGUGCAGUUUCUGUUUUCCGCAGGAGGAACGAGGCAGUCAUUCGUCUCUGCUCUCGAACGACAAGCCCUUUGAGCUGGUUGUGUGACACAGGAUUUCUGACACAGCUACUGUUAGUGUGUGUGUUUGCUUCAUAAAAUAAUAUAAAGCAAACUUUAAUUGAGCUUUAAAUUAUUUUUCAUAAAUAGUGCCUUCUUAAAUUAAGAGUUAUAUUUUCUACACAGCUUUAUUGAGUAGAUUUGUGAAUCUGCCUGGUGCAGGAUUAUUUAUUUAAAAAACAGGUUGUA